CCAGUGUGCACAGUAUUUUCAUACACUCCUUGGAUCCUCCCCAGCACUCUCCUCGUCCCACCCUCACACUUCACUUUACUGCCAUAACAGGUGUUUGAAGAGGUGUGGGGAUGUGGGGAGGGUGCUGAGGGCCACCUAUAGCUUUCGAGCACAUCCACGUCGCCCAAGAGACCAGCCGAUAAACACCCCUCCCCAACACCUGAGACUCACUAUAAAAAAGCUGAAGUAUCGAACGGUCACCACCUGAAGUGAUCCACACGCAGAGGGACCAUGUUGAAGCUUUGCUUUGUUGUUUUGGUGCUUGCUGGCGUAGCCUCUGGGGAAAUCGAGAAGAGGGUUAUUGGGAGCAAGAAAUGCGACGGGGAAAGGAAGUAUCAUGUCCAGAUAGAGACUGUUCAGGGGAAAAAGCCCUGUGGAGGCGCUCUGCUUAACACCCGCUGGUUCAUCACAGCUUCACACUGUGGAAAUCAGAAAAUUAACGUCAAACUUGACACAAGCCAUAGGUCAUGGUUUAAAAGCGCCAAGAGCUCAUUCUUUUCUUUCUUCGGGUCGAAGGACAAAUAUGAUCAAGAAAUUCCAGUUGAGCAGCAGUUCAUCUAUAAAGAUGAGGAGGGGAAGGAGCAUGACAUUAUGCUUGUGAAACUGUCCAAGGAUGCGUCUUCUAAAAGUACCGCCAUCAACCUUCCUCCUGCUGAAUGUACUAAACUAGAGGUGAACAAGCAGGUUGAGAUUGGAGGCUGGGGAGCCAAGAAGGCUGACUUGAAAAAAUCAAGUAGCCUGAGAUGUGCCAAUACUGACAUCGCUGAAUGUGGUGAGAAUGAUAAACCUGGUAAACUCUUCCACGUUGAUGAAGCUGCAGUCAUGUGUGCCUUUAAAGGGGGCGUAGAAGUCUGCUUUGGCGAUUCGGGUACGGCUGUGGAGCACGAAGGUGUCUUACGUGGGCUUAUUGUGAGCGACCCGGUUGAUACGUGUGUACAGCGCGUUGUGAUGUUGGAUAUCUGCCACUACAGGAAGUGGAUUGACGAAACCAUGGCUAAGCAUUCAUGAGUUCAUUCAUAACCAUAGUCACCUGCAGAGAGAAGACGAUGUCAAGUAGAGCGUAGGCAGCUUGGUGUGAUAAGAAAGACCCAUUUUAAUGAGGCAAACAAAUGACUUUAAAGUGCAUUAAUCACCACUUGUUGCAUCAAAGUCUUUAAAAAAAAAAUAUGACUGUAAACUAUAUUUAAAAUUUCUGUCUUACGUUUCAUGAAUUAAAAUAAAUAUGGCUG